AUGUCGACGCUAGUCGGAACUGUGAUCGAAAUGGAAAACAUGACAAUUUCACUGCUUCAUGCCUCAAUACUUCUCCCUUGCACUUUCUCAGUGUCUUCUUUACUCUUGGAGAGGAACUUGAAUGAAAAUAAAGCUUCCGGAAUUGAAACAGUGCAUGAUGCAGGAUCAAUCAUUAGGCUAAAGAUCAAGAUGGCAGAUGGAGGUCCAAGGUAUAACGUUGAUGACGCUCUUGUCACCAUGGGGUUUGGAAAGUUCCAAUUCCUCGUGCUACUCUAUGCUGGAAUGGGUUGGGUUUCAGAGGCAAUGGAGGUGAUGAUUCUCUCGUUCGUUGGACCGGCAGUUCAUUCGAAAUGGGGUCUUACAUCUCAACAGGAGAGCCUGAUAACCACGGUGGUUUUUGCUGGCAUGCUGCUUGGAGCAUAUACAUGGGGCAUAAUUUCAGAUAAAUAUGGAAGGAGGAAAGGGUUUUUUGUUACAGCAAUAAUGACAUCCGGAGCUGGUUUUCUAAGUUCCUUUGCCCCGAACUACAUAGUAUUGCUUAUUUCUCGUUGUUUGGUUGGCUUUGGGAUCGGAGGUGGUCCUGUACUCUUAGCUUGGUUUUUAGAGUUUGUACCUGCACCAAACAGAGGCACUUGGAUGGUGGUUUUCUCAGCAUUCUGGACGGUCGGAACAAUUUUUGAGGCUGGUCUGGCAUGGAUUAUUAUGCCAAGAUUAGGUUGGAGGUGGCUGCUUUCUCUGUCUGCUCUGCCUUCAUUCCUCCUCCUUGUAUUUUAUACUUUGACACCUGAGUCACCAAGGUAUUUAUGCUUGAAAGGUCAAAAAAAUGAAGCUGUUAAAAUUUUGAAGCAAAUAGCCAAACUAAAUGGAAAAGAAUUGCCUCCUGGUGUUCUUGUUGCUGGCAACGAAAUUGUGCUGCAAGGAAACAAUCAUCUAACAGAGAGUAGAGGUAAAGAUGCUGCUGCUGCACCUCCUCCUCCUCCUCCUCCUCCUCCUCCUCCCAAGCCAAAGGAUUCUGCCAUGGGGGUCUUCAAAUCAGUGCUAGUGCUUUUCUCACCAAGAUUAGUUAGGUCAACCUUGCUUUUAUGGGUGGUGAUCUUUGCAAAUGCAUUUUCAUACUAUGGCAUUGUGUUGCUGACAACGGAGUUGAACGAUAGGAGUAACACAUGCCAUCAAACUAAAAAGCAGUCGCAAAAGUCUGCAGAUAUUAAUUACAAGCAGGUUUUUAUCACCAGCUUUGCAGAGUUCCCGGGGCUCAUCCUGUCCGCUCUCAUAAUUGAUAGACUUGGUCGUAAACUUUCAAUGGCGGCUAUGUUCUUUGUUUGCUGCAUCUUUCUGCUGCCAUUGGUAGUCCAUCAGCCUACAGGUGUAACAACAGCACUUCUAUUUGGAGCUCGAACAUGCAUCACUGGAACCUUCACAAUCGUUUAUAUAUACGCUCCAGAGGUUUAUCCGACCUUGGUGAGAUCAACUGGUCUUGGAGUUGCAAGCUCGGUGUCAAGAAUUGGAGGAAUGGUUUGCCCUCUUGUGGCAGUCAGUUUAGUGCAAGGAUGCCAUCAAACUGCAGCAGUUGUUUUCUUUGCUGGUAUAGUUUUUGUAGCAGGGAUCUGUGUAUUGCUCUUUCCAUUUGAAACUAAAGGCCUUGAAUUGGCUGAUAGUUUGUCUAGUACAAAACCGGAAAAAUCGCAAGAUGUGAAACAGGAAGAACCUUGA